GACGGAGGGAGUAAUAGAAUGCAAAAGAAGAAAAUUAUUGAAUAAAAGAGAUGAAAACCCCUAAGACGUAAAUUACACACAGAAGACUGCACAAAGAUUUUUUUUGAAUUCUCUUUGAUUGAAUAUUGUAAAUCAUAUUGAAUGCAAACAAAAUUCUCCUAGUAAAAUUGUGAGAGGGGAUUAUUUUUAAGUUAAAUUUCUGAGAAUAUGAAUAAGUGUAAUGCAUAUCUUUUUCUGUGCUUUCUUUUCCCUUGUACAUUGAUGGGGCUUUGAAUUCUUUUUUUCCUCUGUUAAUUAGGAUUUCGGAGAGGAAAAUAUAGUAUAUCUGUUAAUAUUUUAUUAUUUUUUUAACAUAAAGGGCUAUAGAGAGAAAAAAAAAAAAAUGGGCUAUGAAAAACGUGUGGCAAAGCAGGCCUUUCUGCAAUAAGCCCAGAGUCUACAAACUUUCCCCCUUGACUAUUGCCCAGUUGGGUUUGGGCUUUUAGAUUACUAGAAAAUAAUCUUUACAAUAUGGGUUGAGCCCACUAGAGUAAAAAUUUAUGCAAUCACAGCUUUAGUAGAUAAGGUGCUCGACGAUUGGUCUCACAGAAAUCCUCUCCAUUUUCCAAGAACGGCGAACUUCUGCAGCUGAGCUGAUAAAGACGCCACUAGGAACUGGUCCAAGGAAACCUCGUUAUGCACUUGGACCGGCGUCAUUUGUGGCAAGAAGCAUCCACGGAGAGUGACAGCUAUCAAUCUUGCAAAUAUGGGUUUGGAGGGAACCAUCGCAAAGGAAAUCGGCAACCUCUCAUCUCUGAGAUUCGUAGACAUCAGCAACAACAGUAUCAAUGGCCAAAUCCCAAGUGAAAUUGGAUUGUUGGGGAAGCUGCAGGGUUUGAACCUUUCACAUAACUACUUGAGUGGAGAUAUUCCGACAAGUUUAUCGCCGUGCGUACAACUGAAGAUGUUGGAUUUGUCUCAUAACAAUCUCACUGGAACUGUUCCAGCUGGGUUUGGCAACUGGUCACAACUUCAGGAUCUCUCUUUGAGUAGGAAUUAUUUGACAGGUACAGUUCCAACGACAAUUGGCAAUUUGUCGAAUUUGGAGGUAUUGGAUUUCAGCAGGAACAGUUUUUAUGGGACAGUUGUGUCCGCAAUGGGACAACUAUCCAGUUUGAGAAUAUUGAAUCUUCAAGCAAACAAUCUAAGUGGUGAAGUACCUCAAGCUAUCUUCAAUCUCUCCAUGUUAGAAUUCCUUUCCCUUAGAGAAAACAACCUAUCCGGAAGUCUUCCAUUUUCUAUUGACAUAGGCCUUCCAAACAUUGAGCGUAUUUUUCUUGGAAAUAUCCAACAGAGGUUUGAUCUUCGAGCUAAUCGCUUCCAUGGAGAAAUCCCGAGUUCAAUCUCAAAUCUCUCCAAACUUAUCACACUGGAUCUUUCUGAUAACUCAUUCAAUCAUGUGCCAAUGAAUCUUGGGAGUUUACAUCAACUUCAGAUGCUAAGCUUGGAAGCAAAUCAGUUGACAAAUAAUUUGUCCAAUCCUGAACAGGACUUUCUCUCUUCCUUGGCAGCUAGCAAGAAUCUGAGGUUUAUACAGAUAUCAUUUAAUCCUAUAACUGGUGUUCUCCCAAAAUCCUUAGGCUCGAGCAAUCUCUCUGUGUCCCUUGAAACAUUCAAAGCUUUCUCUUGCAAAAUCUUAAGUCCGAUCCCUGAUGAGAUAGGGAACUUAAGCAGCUUGUUGUGGUUAAACCUUGGGUAUAAUCACUUCACCGGAGCCAUUCCCACGAUGCUGGGAGGUUUAAGAAGCUUGAGGAAUCUGGAAAUCUACGGCAAUAGAUUUCAUGGCUCCAUCUCCACUUUCUUGUGCAAUUUAAAUUCUCUUCGCUUGUUAAAUUUAGCAAUAAACAAUCUCUCUGGACUACUACCAAGUUGUUUAGGGAACCUCUCUUUGUUAAGAGAAAUCUAUAUGUCACGCAAUGAAUUCAGCUUCAACAUCGCAUCAAUUUUAUGGUUUGAUAAGGGUGCUAUCAAUGUGAAGAAUCUGAUAGCGUUGGAUCUGUCGUAUAAUCAGCUCUCCGGGGAGAUCCCAAGCACCAUUUCACAGCUUGAGAAUCUAGUUCGACUAUCAUUGUCUAGAAACAAACUGAAAGGCCGCAUAGUUGAAUCGUUUUCUCUUCUAAAGGAUUUGGAACACUUGGAUUUGUCCCACAACAAUCUUUCUGGUCUGAUUCCUAAGUCUUUGGAAGCACUUUCACAUCUUAAUUACUUUGAUGUAUCAUUUAAUGAGCUUAGAGGUGAAAUUCCAGACACAGGGUGUUUUGUCAAUUUCAAUGCGGAGUUUUUCGUUGGUAACAAAGGUUUGUGUGGACCAAUUCGAUUUGAAGUGAAGAAAUGUCAAUCUUUAAGCAUGAGAAAACGUUUACCAUAUUUAUCAUUUUUGAUAGUUGUUGUGAUUGGCCUUAUUCUUGUCCUGAGAUGGAAAUUUUGUGCAAGAACGACAUAUCCUUUGUCUCAUUAUUUUCCAUAUGACAUUUAUAGGAGAAUUUCAUAUCAAGAAAUCCUUCGCGCCACAGGCAACUUUGAUGAAGAAAACUUGAUUGGCAGGGGUGGCAUUGGCUCAGUAUAUCUGGGAACAUUUUCUGAUGGAAUGAAGUGUGCUAUUAAAGUAUUUGAUUUAGAUGUACAAGAUGCAUUGAAGAGCUUCCAGACAGAGUGCGAAAUAUUAGGCGGAUUACGCCACAGAAAUCUUGUCAGGAUUAUCACUUGUUGUUCCCAGCCUGAUUUUAAGGCCUUGUUGAUGACAUAUAUGCCCAACGGUGACCUAGAGAAACAGCUCCACUUUGCCAAUUGUUCCUUAGACUUGUUUACAAGAAUGAGAAUAAUGACAGAAGUGGCGGAAGUGAUAGAGUAUUUACAUGAAUACUGUAGAACGCCCAUUGUCCAUUGUGAUUUAAACCCAAAAAACAUCCUUCUUGAUGAAGACAUGGUUGCACAUGUAGGUGACUUUGGCAUUUCCAAGAUCUUGAGUCAAGAAGAAAGAAUGCUACGUUCUAGGACUUUGGGUACUAUUGGAUACAUAGCACCAGAGUAUGGAUCACAGGGAUUAAUCUCGACCACAGUGGAUGUUUAUAGCUACGGGAUUUUGCUGAUGGAAACAUUUUCAAGAAGAAAGCCAACAGAUGAGAUGUUUUCAGGAGAGUUAACCUUGAGGAGAUGGGUCUCUGAAUCAUUCCCUGAUUCAAUAUUGCAAAUUUUGGACAAUGAGCUUCUGGAUACGGAUGGUGAAGAAGCUAGAGCUGUCUUCAUAACUUGCUUGACAUCAGCUAUUGGAUUAGCAUUAGAAUGCACGUCAGCUUUGCCUGAGGAGAGGCCUAGUACGAGAUAUGUUCUAAAGAGGAUGAGAGAUGUUCAGAGCAGAAUCAGAGAGAUCGAAAUCAAGUUGAACGACCUGAAAAUGUCGUUCUUGCUUACUGAUUCUGAUCGGGAAGAGAUAAGAAAAUCUGCGAGAAGAUGGAGACAGAUAAGAUGGAAGGCAAAACAACGAGUACCCAUUCUUGCACGCAUACCCGAAUCACAAGAAGUUGUAAAUUUUGAACCAAGUGAAACAGAGUCAUCAAAUGGAACUACAAGCUAGAUUACUUUCAAAAGGAAAAUUUCCUCGUUUGCUGACUCUGAUGUAGUAGGGGAAAGAUCAAAUACAAAUUCUCUACAUCCAAGUGUUGGUGAUUGUGUGUGACAACAAUUCACGUUGUUUGGGGGCACUGAUGGGUUCGUGCUGUGUUGGGUUGACGGUUUGUUUCGUAGAAAUUCUUUCACCAUUUUUGCAAGAAGGCGAUACUAUUGUACCACUAGGUAACUCUUUGGCAUCAAAACAAGAAAUACCAACUUGUACUUAUAAAACUUGCUAAAAGUUCUAUAUAAUUUUUUUUUGUGAACUAA